AUGAAUCCAUUAUUAUCAAUAGAUCUGGCUGAAAUGAAUUUUAACGACAUAAAACCUCAAUAUCAUAUCAAUAAAUAAAUAAGUUUAGAGACUUAUUAAAACAAUCAACAAAUAGAAGAUUAAAUGAUAUUUAUACUUGAUAUAAUUCCUCGAUUAAGAGGAGGAGGAUGUGCAGCUACAAAAAAUACUUAAGAGAAAAUAACUUAAUUAAAUAAUUAACUUCCGAUUAAUUUUGCUUCUAAAAUCAAAGAUCACACUAACAUUAUAUCUGAAAAAUCUUCAACUUUUUCUGAUAAAUUAUAUUAAGAUGAAAUACUUUCAUCAUUUUAAUGGUUUUACAAUCAUAAAGAAUAUUUUUAAAUACUUUGUAAUGAUGAUUAAUUAAACUCUAUAUUUUAUCAUCUAAUUGAGAAAUGUGCAGAAACAUUAUUAAAAUAGUUGAUAAUAUAUAUAAGACUAUCAGGAUUUUUGUUUUAUUAAUUACUUGAUAUAUGCAAUGAUUUAUUUAGAGUUAUCUUUUCCUAUUAAUUAAAGAAUGAAGAUAGGUAUAUGCAAGAAAAUUUAAAGCAAAGUUUGUUAGAAAUGAUAUCAGAAAUAGAAUCAUAAAUAAGUGUAGAAUCUAUAAAUCUAUGGAAAAAUGGAGUUGAAUUUGAACUUUAAUUAAUUAAGACAUGUAUUGCUCAUUGUAGAACUAAUUCUGAGAAAGAAAAAGAAUUAGUAAUUGCCAUUGUAUGUGGAGUAGCAAGUUCGAUUUCUUAGUUAUCUCCAAGUCCUGAAUUAAUUGAUGCAUUGAUAGAGGCAGGCAAAUAUUUACUAUUAAAUUUUUAUGAUAAGCAAAUUUAACAUCCUCUUCAAAAAUAUGAAAUUUAUUACUUUUUUGAAAAUUUAAAAUGGUCUAUAAUUAAUUAAUUGAAAGUAGGGUAUUCUGUUUAAAAAACAAUUAAUACUGUAUUGGAUGGAUUUAAUUUAUAUAUAAAGCCAUCUAAAGAUUGGAUGAUACAUUUUUGUUGGGUUAAAUUUAUUUCUGAUUUGAUGUCUUAUAGACCAAUUAUAAACAAAUUCUCACUUAAUCGAUAAUAAAAUUCUAAUCAAUUAAAUUGGAAUGAGUUAAUAGUAUCAAAUUAAAUAGUAUAAUUGCCUUAUGAUAAAGCAUCAGGUAAACUUCAAAUUUUUGGGAAAAAAAAUAACCUUAAUCUGAAAUAGUUUCAUUAAUUAAUUCUAUUUUAAGAGUAUUUAUUAGAUAUUUAAGAAAAAUUUCAAUUGUUGCCAUCAUAUUCAAUAUUUUAAUUUAAUAACCAAAAUAUAGAAAUGAUUAGUGAUUAAGAUUUAAAUAUUAAAAAAUUAAUUAGUGAAUCUAAUUUGGAAAUAGUAACAAUAUUAAAUGAUAAUUUAAAAACUUAAAAAGAUCAAUUAAUUAAUUUAUUUGAAACAAUAAUUUAAUAAUUUACUCCAAGUGUUUCCAAAAUCUAAUCAAGUUUAAACACUUAAAUAUCAAAAGAUGAUAUCAAAUAUACAAUUAAAUAGAUUAAACUAUAUAGCUAAUCAUUUAUAUAUACUUUAUAUGAACUCAAUAUUAUGAUAAAUUAAGAAAGACAAGCUAUUGAAAUAAUUUAGAAUAUAUUAAUAUAAAACAAAUAAUUUUUUCAAGAAAAGAGUUUAGCAUAUUAAAUUUCAAUAAUAUAAAUCAUUAAAGAAUUGGAAUAACAAUAUGAAAAGGAAUACAUAAUUAACUUUAAAAAAUUUUCAUUAUUUAUAAUCUAAAUAUUCCAUAAAUUAUCAAUAUAUUAAGAUGAAGUUAAUUCCCCAAAUUUGAUGCUUGAAACAUCAAAUAUUAGGAUUCAAGAAUGUAAAUUUGAUUAAUAAUAGCUUUAAGUGGCAUUAACAGAUUUUAUUAGUUAUAUUGAUAAAUUUAUCAUAUAAUAAAAAUCUAUUAAACGUAAAUUUUUUAAAAUAUAUGAAUUAAAGGAACUAAAUUUAUUUUUAUAAAUGAAAACUUCAUAAAAAUUUUAAUCCUAGAUACUAAUUAAUAUAUAUGAUUUUAACUUUAUUUAAUAAUUUGGAGGUGAAUUUAUUAAUUAUUAUAAUAAUUGUUUUAUUUAACAAAUAGAAUUUUCCUAAAUUGAUCUCAGGAAAAAUAGAAUAUUAUGUAAAUAAAUUAUUAUGAUUUUAAAACUUUUAAAGUAGUUAUUGGUUAUCCAAUAGAGAAAAGUUGUCUCAUUGAAUACUUAAAAGGAGAAUGUGCAAUAAUAGGAUCAAAUCAAAGAUUAACAAAAUAUCAAAGCUUUUUUGGAAAAUAUAAUACAUGAAAGAAGGAAUAUAUUGUAAAAAUUAUAUGAUAAAUUUGGUGGAAAAAUAUAAAAUGAUAUCCAUUAAGUAGACUUUUAUGAAAUUAUAGUAUCAUUAGAUAAUGGAAUUGAUAUAAUAUAAAAAUAAAAUUGGUCCUAAGUCCUUAAAACUAAGCAUAUUUUGAUAUUUAAGGAAAUUAAAAACAAAAUAUAAAUACUUGAAUUGCUAAAAAAUAAUUAAUAGUCAUUUAUUAUGGAAAUAAUAUAUCUUUUUAAUAAAUAAUUAGAAGAAGUGGGUUAAGAAGAAUAAUAAUAAUAAGAAUUAAUUUAGAUCGAAUUAUUAAAUAUAACAAAUAAUAACAUUCCUCAAUUAAAAAAAUAAUAAAAUAUUUAAGAUUGUAUAACUUCUGAAAAUCUUUUUACUUGGGAUGAAUCUAUAUCUUAAAUUUAAUAAUUAAUUUAGAAUUUUAAAAAAAUUUCAUAAAUUAUUUAAUAAAGAAAUGAGAAUAUUGAAUUAACUUAAGUUUCAUUUCAAAAACAAACUUUAGAAUUCAUUAAAGAUACUUUUAAUCAAAAUUAUUUUGUAAUAUAUUCUGAUUUGAGGAUUGAAUUGAUUAAAUGUUUAAGUACAUUAGCAGAAUAAAACCAGAUUGUUUUCAAUUAAAAUUUUUUAAGAUCAUUAUCAGAGGAUCUUUGUCUUGAUUAAAAAACAACCAUAUAAAUGAUAUCUGAAGGUUCCUCUUUUUUAUAUUAAAAAAGUAAUAAUGGAAAUUAAGAGUUUAUUAUUGACAAAGCAUAUACUUUUAUGUUGUAAAAUUUAAAGAUAGAAAAUAAUGUUUAAGGAGAUGGUUUAUUUGCAGAAUCCUCUUACAAAGUUAGAGAAGCUACAGUAUUCAAUUUAAUUAAAAUGUAAUCAUUUUUGCAUGAACCUAUAAUUUAGGAAUUUUGUUAAACACUAUUGAAACAGAUAUGGACUAUUGAAAAACAUUCUAGUGUAAGAAGUAUUUUAAAAAAUAAAGAAAUGAUUGAAAUGUAGAAGAAAUUAUUUUCUAGAGAUCUUGCUUCAUUUUCUAAUAAAUUGAAGAUAGAAAUGUAGAAUAGAUUAAAAAGUAUAGAAUAAUUAGAAACUUAAGUUUUAAUUAGUGAUAAUUAAGUGAAAAUGAAGAAUCAACUUCAAUAAGCUUACGAAGAUUUUGAAAACUAUUUAGAUAAUAUUACAGAUAUGUCAUAAAAGAUGGAUAUUAGUCUUAUUUUUUUAAGAGAAAUUAGUAAAGAUUUAAAGUCAAUUAAAUCUUCAAUUGAUUAAGUACUUUAAAGUGUUAAAGGAAUAGAAGAUGAUGUAAGAAGAUUAAGUGGUAAAAAUUAUAUUGAACUAUUAUAAAUUAGAAAAUAAAAAAUAUUAAAAUAAAAAUAAGAAGCAGAAUUAGAUUAAGUUCAUAUUUAAAUAUCCACUUAAGAAUAUGAUCCUGUAACAGGUAAGAAAAAAGAAAAUAUUAAUGGAGUAUUUACUUCAUAUUUAUUGAAAUCUAAAUAUAAUAAUUUUUAAGGUGAAAUAAAUGAAUUUUUAUGGUGUGAAAGUGAAAGUCAGAAAGAUGUUUUGCUUUUAAAAGGAAAAGCAGGCUCAGGUAAAAGCAGAGCAUCAAGAAAUAUAGAAGAAUUUCUUUGGUUAAAUGAUACUGUUUUUCCACAAUGGAUUCCAAUUUAUGUUUCAUUACCAUCUUUAAAAGAUCCAAAGCAUAAUUUAUUAGAAUAAGCCUUAGAAUCUUAAAAUUAUAAUUUUGAUAAGAUAUAAAUUAGAGAAUUUAAAGAAGCUGUAUUUAAUGGAAAUAUGAAAAUAAUUUUGAUCUUAGAAAGUUAUGAUGAAAUGAAAUUUGAAUGCAUUUAAUCUAAUUUAUAUUAAACAAAUAGAUUAGCAUAAGAUUUAAAUCUUCAAAUUUCAGGUUAAAAUGUAAAAUUAAUCAUAACAACUAGAGAAGAAAUUCUAACAUCAAUUGGAUAUCAAACAUGGUUUUAUGGUAAGAGUAUUGAAACUUUAAAAGAAGUUGAAAUAUUACCAUUCACAUAAGAAUAAAGCUCAGAAUAUAUUAGGUAAUAUUGUGAAAUUAGUGUUAAAAGAUCUAUCAAAAAAUUUUAUGAAUUUUUUAAAUAAUUAAGAGGAUAAACUAUAUCCAUCCAAGAAUUCAAGUUAAUAUGGAAUCCUUUGGAAGAAUAUAUUAACAUAAUAAUUAAUUUGAAAUAAACUUAAGAUUUUUUAUUCAAUCCCCAAGAUGUAGAUAAAAUUAUUAUUAAAUUAUAAGCUCUUGAAUUCUUUAAUCAUAUUAGAACAGAUUAAAUGAUUUCAUUAAAAAAAGAACUUCUUAAAUUAUGGGGAUAAUAAAAAUUUAUAACAGUAAUUAAAAAUGUGAAUAUAAAUCAUUUUAUGAGUACUCCAUUUAUGAUGGAAUUGAUUGUAUAUGUGUUACCUAAAAUGUCUUUAAUAUUUUCAGAAUCUAAUUAUUUAAGAGAAACAUUAAAAAAAUAAUAUUUAAAAUUAAAAAGAGAAGCUUAUUUAUCAAAUUAAUUAAUUAAUUACUAUGAGACUUAAUAAUAAUCAAUAGAAAAUUAAAAUGAAGCUACUGAAAUCAUAAGAUCUUUAUAAGAAUAGAUAGAGUCUUAAAAUUUCUUAGAAUAAUUUUAGUCUAUUGAAAAUGAAUUAGAUAAUUAAAAGUUUUUUGAAAACUUUUCUAUGGAUCAUUCCUUAGAAUAUUUGGGUUCUACCAAAAUAAUUUCAAGAUAACUGUUUAAUGUAACAAAGGAUGCAAAUUUUAUUGUUGGAGCAUUUAAACUAAAUUCAUUUACUGCAUAUGACUUUUAUGAAACAUUUGUAUCAUUUUAUCACAUUCAACAACUUUAAAAUUAAAAGGAUUUAGGGAAAACAUUUAAUUAUGAAACUACCUUAAAUGAUUUAUAAGAUUUCUCUUAAUAUUUAGCUCUAGAUAUGACUAUGAAUUAACUUACUUAAGUGAAUUACAAAUAAAGAGGAAAAUUGUAGAUAGCAGAAAGUUUUAAAUAAGAGUAAAAUGAAAAUUCAUGGGAAGAUUUUUAUUUUGAUGAAAAUUAAUCGAAUUCUGAAUAUUGCAAUUUCUUAAGAAAAUGUAUUAUACUAAGUUCGAAAGGAAGUAUAUAUACUUUUAAUCAUAAAUCAAUUUAAGAGUUUUUUGUAGCUAAAUAUAUAUUAAAUUUGCUUGAAGCAAUGUUUAAAGUAUAGAAUUAGUAAAUUUUAUGUGAAAAUUUAUAAAAUAGUCGAUUUAGUGCUGAUUUAUUUAACAUAUCUUAAGAACAUUAUUAAGGUUCAAUAUAAUUGUUAAAGCCAAAGUUAAAUGUUAUUUCAAAUAUUAAAUAUAAAUUACUAUAAAUUAUUGAAUUAUCCAAUAAAAAUGAACAAAAAUAACUAAUUAGAUCAGCUUCAAAUGCAAUAUAUUUAUUAAGUACAUUAUAAGAAAAUUUAAAUAAUAUAGAUUUAAGUCAUGUUUGUCUAUCUGAUACAAAAUUAAAUAAUCUUACAUUUUUUAAUUCUAAUUUAAAUUAUACUAAAUUCUCAAAUUUAUCAAUAGAAUCAUGUAAUUUCAACUGUGCAACAAUUGAAAAUGCUAAAUGGGAAAAUAUUAUUUGUAAAGAGAAAUAAACCUUAAUUGGUCACAAAGAUGUAAUAACCAGUGUAUUUUAUUCAAAAGAUGGGAAAAAAUUGAUAUCAGGUAGUGAAGAUGGUUCUGUUAAAAUAUGGUAAGUUUAAGGUGAUGAAGAAACAAAAACUUUUUAUUUUCCAAAUAGCCAAAAAGUCAUUUCUGCUUCAUACUCUGAAGAAUUAAAUAUUCUUGCUUGUUUAACUAAAUAAUAUAUUUAAAUAUUAAAUUGCAAUGACCUUGUCUUGGAGAAAUUAAUUCCCUUAUACAAUUAUGAAUAUACUAAUGUUAAAUUAUCUCCUGAUGGAUAAUAUAUUGUUGCAUAAAAUUAAGGAGCUCUAAAUUUGAUUUGGAAAACAGAAGCAUUAUAAAUAAAUCCCAAUCCCUAAUUUUAUUAAUUAAAAUUUUCAUCAUUUGUAAACUGCAUCUAAGCUUCGCACAAUGAAAAACUAUUAGCUAUAGGUAGUUUAGAAAUCUUAAUUUUGUCUAUUAGAGGAUUUCAGGAUUACAAAGAAAUUACAAAAUUACCAUUUGAAGCUUUUUCAUUAGCUUUUUCUAAUGAUGAUCAAGUAUUAGCUGCAGGAGUAGACAAAUAUAUUAUUAAUUUUUGGAGUUUAAAGAAUAUCAAUAAAUUUGAGUUUCUAUAUUCUGUAACAUUAAAAAUUUUUGUCAAAAAACUGCUGUAUUCUUAUGAUAAUAAAUAUCUGAUUUGUGAAGCCAAAGAUAAUAUUUAUCUUUAUGAAACUACCAAGGAGCAGUAUCCUUUAGAAAGUAGUUAAAAAAUAGUUUAUGAAGGAAAUACCUAUUGCUAUGAUUUUGAACUUAUAAAAAGUUCUAAUUAUAUUGUUAUUUGCACUUUUAAAGGGACCCUUAUAUAAUAAUUAAAUAAUAAAGAAACAAUAUAAAUUUUGGAACCAUCAUAGAUCUGUUAUUCAGUUUUAUAUAAUUCAUUGGAAGAUAUAUUGAUAAUUGGUUCUGAUCAUAAACUAUGCCUUUACGAUAUAUCAAACAUAGAAAAGAUCAAUAAAAUAAAAGAGAUUCCUUUGCCUUUUUAUAAUCCUCUUUAAAUGAUGUUAUUUAAUAAUUAAAAAUAAAUCAUAAUUAAGAGUGGAUAGUAUGUUUCAAUACAUGAUUUAGAUGAUAUUAAUGGUUAUAAGAUAUUUUAAAUGUAGAAUCCAACAUCAAACUUUGUUAUAAUUAAUUCUGAGUAUUUCAUAAUAGGUAUAGGUACUUUAGUUUAUAUUUAAUCUCUUUUUUGUGACUUUGUUGAGGUUUACUUUUUCAUAGAUUAUCACCAUGUAUUGCCUUGUGAUUUUUCCUUUUCUUCUGAUAGUAAAACAUUUACAAUAAUAGACAAAUAAUAUUAAACUAUAUUUGAUAUUUAGAAAAAAGAGAUCAUCAAAAAAUAAAAAUUAAAUACUCAAGAGGUAAGUAAUCUGAAAAUAAAUAGAUAAUAAACUCUAGCUAUUUUUUUAUCUACGAUGUCAUUUAGUUAAUAACAAUAACUGGUAUUAUUAUAUAAUCUAAAAACUAAUUAAUCAAUACAAUCCUUAGAAGAAAUUUUGAAUUAUUAAUAACAUUGUACAUAAAUAGCAUUUUCUGCAGAUAGUAUGAAUGUUGUUACUGGAUAUAGAGAUAAUUCAAUUAAAUUAUGGGACAUUAAAACAUAUAAACUUAUUUCGAUGUUUCAAACUAAUACCCAUUCAAUUAAUUUAUUAACUUUAUUAAAUUAAAAUUUAUUAGCCUAAGUAAAUUAGGAAUACAUAAAACUUUGGAAUCUAAAAGCACUUUAAUAAUAACAAAUAGAAAUGACUGGCCAUAAAGAUAAUAUUCAGUAAUUUGUAAUUUCUUCUGAUGGAUUAUAAUUAGUUUCUUAAUCACGAUCUUAAAUAAUGAGAUGGGAUUUACAAUAAUAGAAAUCCAUUGAUAUAUUACUGGAUGGAUAGGAAAAAAUAUCUUUGGUAGAAUAUUCUGAUGAUGCUCAUUAUUGUGCUGCUGUUGAUCAAAAUGGAUAAAUUGUUGUAUGGAGUUUCAAUACGAAAUAUUUGAUUGAAAGAAGCUUUAGAUUACUUUGUGCGAGAUGUAAUAAUUUGAAAUUUGAUGUUCAAAAUAAUUAAUUAAUAUCAAAACAUAUAGUUAGUUAUAAUAUCCAUACUAACUUAAUUUGGGAUUUAGAAACAGCAUUUUAAUAUUGUAAACUUCAGAAUUAGACAAAAUAUUAAGAUUUAUUGGAUAUCACCUUGAUGUCUCCUGAUUAAAAAUUUUAUAUAUCGAAAUCUCCAUUCAAACUUGUGAGUCUUAUAUAGGAAAAGGGACAAUAAGUUGUUGAAAAUGUUAGUAUAAAAAUAAAUUCAGAAAUAGGAGCAAUAGCAAUAUCUAAAGAUUCUACUAAAGUGGCUCUUGAAGAUUUAAAAUUGUCUAUAAUAUUAUGGUCGAUAUAAACAAAAUAAUAGCUAGCAAUUUUAAAAGAUGAGGAAAGUAGCAAAUUUAAAAUAUUGACAAUGGUAUUUUCAGGAGAUAGCAAAACAUUAUUCUCAUUUCAUGAAGAUGGAGAAACCAGACUAUGGGAUGUUUAUGAUAAAUAUACAUUGCUUUAAAAAUAUAGUUCUAAAUAUAUAUGUGUAAAUUCAGAAAGCAACACUUUAGUAACUAUUCAUGCUUUUUCUCACAAUAAUGAUGACUUUCUCAUUCUUUGGGGAGAAACAAUCGCUUGCUACGGGGAAGUUGGUCUAAUGCAAAGUUAUUUAUAUCAUAAAACCUAAUCCAAAAUUUAAUUAUAAGCAUGUUCUAAUUAUAAUGAUUUAUUAAUAUAUACUCCUGCAUAUUCUGAAAAUAAGUAGUUAUUAGCAAUCUAAGGUAGAGAAGCACUAAAUGUUUGGGACCUUAUUUAAAAUAAGCCCAUUUUGAUUGUUGAAGGUAACUCAUUUGUAUCAUCUACUGACUCUAGUAUAUUGUCCUUUUCAGCUAAUGCAGAUACACUAUAUGGAAUAGGAAAAGAUUAAAAAUUAAGAUGCUGGAAUUUGUAGAGUAACAUUAAAGUAAUUUUAAAAUCGUAAGUUCCAGUAAAAGCAUUUUAGAUUAAUGAGGAUACAUAAAUUAUUAAGGCUAUUGGUAAAGAUAAUUAAGUAUAUACGUAUUUGUUUGAAGAAUUUACAGAAAUUUGCUUGUUUGGACCUGAAAAUAUAGAAUUUUUAGUAGUUAAUAAAUAAGAAUCAGCUCUAUUUGAACACUAAUUAAUUGAUUAAAGAAAGAGUAUAAACUUGAUUGAUAAGAAAACAAAGGAAAUUAAAUAUACAAUUAAUCAAUUUUCAACAGAAAUUAAUUGUGUUUUAUCUUCUAAUCGUGGAAAAUAAUUGAUUAUAGGAACAUAUGAUGGGUCUAUAUUUAUUUAUAAUGUAAGUAAACAGAUUGUAGAAAAAUAUGGAAAACCUGUUUGCAGUAAAACUUUUGCUAGAAGUCCAAUUUUAAUGGCUGAUUGUUGUAGUAUUAAACAAUCAAUAUUAUUGACAUAAGAUAAAGAGAAUCUAGAAAAAUUGCUGUUGUAAAAAGGGGCAAAAAAUAAUAAUGAUUGA